CGAGAACUUGAUUAGCACACACGUGUCUUGUUAACAUAAAAAAAAGAAAAACAAAAAAAAAUGUUACGUCAACCUAAUUACAUAUAUGGGCCGAACACAGCCCUAGUGCCGGCUAGACUUAAUUUCGGCGAAUACAUGUUACAACAAUUGAGAAAAUUUGACAAUAAUACUGUUUUGAUUAACGCAGCUACGGAAGAACGUAUAACCUAUUCAGAAAUACUGCAACAAUCAAUGAAUUUUGCUAUCUCACUCACUCGUAUGGGUGUUAAAAAGGGAGACACGAUUGGCUUAAUUUCUGAGAAUCGGUUUGAAUUCUGGGGGGCGACUAUAGGGGCGGCAUGCGCAGGCGCUGUAGUAUCUCCUAUUAGCGUAGGGUAUGUUAAGGGUGAACUCAUCCACGUAUUGAACAUUUCAAAACCCAAAUACAUAAUCUGUUCGCCGUCACUCUACAGAACACACGCCAAGACAAUAGCUUCAAUGAAAUUCGUGAAAAAAGUCAUCUUGUUCGGUGAUGGAAAGCAAAAUGGGACACUUUCGUACAACGACAUGGUUAUUGAGAAUAAUGGCGUUAUAAAAAACGUGAAUUACGAUGAGUUUCGUUGCGUAGAAGUUGUCGGUCAAAUUGAUCCGGUAUUCGUAAUGUAUUCUUCUGGCACGACCGGGCUGCCGAAAGGAGUGAUGAUCACACAUCUGAAUAUUUUGACUUUAUUGUGUGCGCGCAGUUUCGCCGAUCCCUCCACAGUAUUGAUCUCCAUAUCCCCGUGGUAUCACGCCAUGGGUUUUGUGGGGUGCUUAAACGGGUUUUCCAAUGGCCUGUGUUUUAUCUAUCUACCCAAGUUUGAAAUCGACCUGUACCUCAGAACUAUUGAGAAGUUUAAGGUAGGUCAACUAACAGUGGUCCCAUCGAUUCUGGUAUCUAUAUGCAAGCACCAGACCCAGAAGUACGACCUCAGCUCUGUGCAGUUCAUAAUGAGUGGUGCUGCUCCGCUGCGUAAGGAUACCAUAGCUGCUGUACAUGAGAAGUUCCCCAACCUUGUGAUGGUGAUGCAAGGCUAUGGUGCUACAGAGCUGACGCUGGGAGUGCUGGGUUUCUUCCCGGAUAGUGCUAGACAUGAUAAGGUCGGCAGUGUAGGCGUUGUUGUACCGAAUACUGUGCUAAAGGUAGCUGAUCUAGAAACAGGCAUACCGCUAGGACCUAACCAGCGGGGAGAAUUAUGUGUCAAGGGUGAACUGCUGAUGAAAGGCUACCUCGGCCGGGACAGAGGUGAUGAACUGGAUAGCGAAGGUUUCUACAGAACUGGAGACAUAGCGUACUAUGAUGAGGAUGGAUACUUCUUUAUUGUGGAUCGACAGAAGGAACUUAUCAAGUAUAAGGGGUAUCAGGUACCACCAGCAGAACUGGAAGCAGUCCUGCUGCAGCAUGAAGGUAUCAGAGAUGCGGCAGUUAUAGGACUUGAAGAUAAAGACGCUGGUGAACUGCCUCUUGCGUUUGUGGUGAGGCUCCCAGGGUCCAAUGUCACUGAGCAGGAGGUCAAGGAUUUUGUGGCUGAGAGGUUAUCAAGCCCCAAACACUUACGCGGCGGAGUGCGUUUUGUCGAAGAAAUACCAAAGACUCCCAGUGGGAAGGCUAUGAGAACGAAAUUGAGGAAAAUGUUGAAAAAUAAUAUUAAAAGUAAAUUAUAAAUAGGUACCAUAAAGAGGUAGGCAAAGGUGUUUUUGUAACAGAAGCUGG